CACAAGUGGCUUCAGAGCCCUCCAGACGUGACCAAGGUCGAUGGAGAGGGAACUGUGCAGAGAAGCCUGCCCCAGCCUUUCCUGCCUUCGACUGAAACAGCAGCAUCUUCUAAGCCCUGGGGGCUUCCCCAGGCCCCAGCCCCGACCUAGAACCCGCCCGCUGCCUGCCACACUGCCGCUUCCUCUAUAAAGGGACCUGAGCGCCAGCGCCCAAGACCCCGCACAGCAGGUUCUCCCCAUGACACCACACGGACAUCUCCACCUCUUGAGGGUGCUUGGUGCCCCUCCUGUCUUCCUCCUGGGGCUGCUGCUGGCCCUGCCUCUAGGGGCCCAGGGACUCUCUGGAGUUCGCUUCUCCGCUGCCAGGACAGCUCAUCAGCCCCCACAGAAGCAUUUGACACAUGGCAUCCUGAAACCUGCUGCACACCUUGUUGGGUACCCCAGCAAACAGAACUCACUGCUCUGGAGAGCAAACACGGAUCGCGCCUUUCUCCGACAUGGCUUCUCUUUGAGCAACAACUCCCUCCUGAUCCCCACCACUGGCCUCUACUUUGUCUAUUCCCAGGUGGUUUUCUCUGGAGAAAGCUGCUCCUCCAGGGCCGUUCCUACUCCCAUCUACCUGGCCCAUGAGGUCCAGCUGUUUUCCUCCCAAUACCCCUUCCACGUGCCUCUCCUCAGUGCGCAGAAGUCCGUGUAUCCCGGGCUACAAGGACCGUGGGUACGCUCAAUGUACCAGGGGGCUGUGUUCCUGCUCAGUAAGGGAGACCAGCUAUCCACCCACACCGAUGGCAUCUCCCAUCUACACUUCAGCCCCAGCAGUGUAUUCUUUGGAGCUUUUGCUCUGUAGACUCUAAAGAAACCCAGGAAUUGAAUUCCAGGCUUCCAUCCUCCCAUUUUAAAGGUCACAUCCCCACAGUCUCCAGCCUUCUCCACCAAAAGAACCUGGAGCUUUCACGGGAGUCUGAGGCACUUCAGGGACCACAUCUCCCCCAGGGCCACUCCAGAUGCCCAGGGCAAGAUUCAAGCCUGCCUAGAAGUUCCUGCACAGAGCAGGGGUUUUGUGGAUCUAAGUGGAGCAGAGACCUGGAUGUGAGGAGGGACAGACAUGGGGGAGGUGGCUGGGGCCAGGGGAAGGUUGACUAUUUAUGAAGAGAAAGGUUAAGUUAUUUAUUUAUAGAGAAUAGAAAGAGGGGAGAAAUAGAAAGCCGUCAGAUGACAACUAGGUCCCAGACACAAAGGUGUCUCACCUCAGACAGGACUCAUCUACAAGAGAGAUGGUGAGAGAAUCAGAUGUGGGUGACUGAGGGGUUCUAGAAGAAAGCAGGAGGCUCUAAAAGCCAGGCACUGCUUGGCUAGACACCCACAGGGAGCCCCUGCACCAUCCAUGAAAUCCAAUAAACCUCUUUUCUCUGAA